UUGAUACCAACCGGUCUGAAGCACAAAUUGUUAAUGUUGGAAGGUUUCACGUUCGCUCAGACUAUAAAUCGUCGAUACUGGUAUUGUUCUAAAAGAAAAAUCGGCUGUAAAGCUAGAGUCAGACUCGGUGAAGACGGUAGAAUAAUUUUUGCGUUUAAUCAACACAAUCACGUGCCUCCAAGGUACCACAUUUCGAGUAAGGAUGUUUUAGAAUUUGUACCAAGUAAUCGUGGGAAAGGUAUCACACUUAUAUACAAGGGGCACACAUAUGCACACAUACACACCAAGACACGCUGGUAUUGUUCUAAGAAGGCAAAAGGAUGUAAAGCAAGACUCAGCACUACCGCUGAAGGUGUUUUGGUUGAAGUUCUUGAAUCAUAUCACAACCACGAACCGCCUACGCUGUAUAGAACCAAUGAUGGAAAAGUUCAUAGGCUGUAAAAAUAAAUUACGUUAUAUUUUUAGAACAAGAACAAUCGAUUUCGAUUCGAUAUGUAUCGUGCGGUGGGGUGUUUGAUAGUUGGUUCGAGCCUAUCUGUACUAUAAUGUAAUAACAAAAA